AUGAGUGCGGGCGUGGCCGAGCGCUGUCUGAAGAGAUUACUCGACGAACCGCACGAUGCGUCGCCCAAAUGUAAAAGAGUGUGUCCUGACCUUCCGCCGUCACCUCCCGACACCGGACCGCCGCUUGACCUCAGUCCGGCUAAAAGUCUUGCCCCUAAAGCCAACCAGAGCCAAUCAAAAGUGAGGGUUGGGCCAUACUUCCUGUUUGAGCGCUGCGAAGGCGAGGACACGUACAGAGCGGUUCAUGCUGCUACACAGGAGCAAUACACUUGUCAGGUCUUGCCCCUGCCCAGCUAUCAGGAGAAGUUGGCUGCCUACGCCCGGCUUGGUCGCCACGCCAACAUUUGCGGGCUCCUGGACACGGUGAUACAGCGGGACGCCGCUUACCUGUUCCUACCCGCCCACCACGGCGACAUGCACGCGCACGUGCGCAGCAGCAAGCGCCUUGGCGAGGAGGAGGCGGGGCUCCUGUUCGCUCAGAUGCUCCAGGCCGUGGCGCACUGCCACCGCAACGGCGUGGUGCUCCGGGACGUCAAGCUGCGCCGCUUCGUCUUCAUCGACAGAUUCCGGACGCAAGUGGCCCUUCUCGGUCUGAACGACUGUGUCCUCCUGGAGCGCGAUGACUGCGACUCGCUCACGGACCGCCACGGCUGCCCCGCCUACGUGGGCCCCGAGCUCCUAGCCAGCGGCAAGGCAUCAUACUCUGGCCGCGCCGCAGACGUGUGGAGCCUGGGCGUGUCCCUGUACACCAUGUUGAUUGGACGAUACCCCUUCCAGGACACCCGGCCUGCAGCGCUGUUCGCCAAAAUUCGCCGCGGGGCCUUUGCCGUCCCCAACUGGCUGUCGGCGCCGGCCAAGUGCUUGAUCAGCUGCAUGCUCCGGAAGCGUCCCGACGAACGGCUGCGCGUUUCCGAGUUGCUAGCUCACCCAUGGUUGAGCAGUUACCGCACGCCGUCGCAAUAUGCAAACCCGCGCCGUUGCUCGGGGCAAGCACCUGAGUGGAAAAAUGAGGACGACGAUGAUGGCGGCGACCAGGUGGUGCCCACAUUCACCGAGAAACACUAA